AGAAAAGACGGUGAUUGUAUUGUUUGGGGCCGGGUCGACUCGAGGAAGAGAACUGAGAAGCAGAGCAGCGGUGUGGUUGAUUGGGAUGUCGGAUCCGUACGAGCGGGUGAAAGGAGGAAGAUUAGCAUUCAAAGGAGGAAUCCUUGCCAGUCGCUCCAAAUCCAUUGACAAAAAGGGGAAGAAGAAGAAGAAGAACAAGGGCAAGGACAACGACAACAACCCUAACCCUAACCCUAACCCUGAAGAACAGGAACUGGAACAGGAACAGGAACAGGAGCAGGAAGAAACCCCCCUCCUCGAGGACGAGGGCGAGGGAUCUGAAUACACCAUCGAUGCGGCCAAGCGUAUGAAGUACGAACAACUGUUCCCUGUCGAAGCCAAGAAGUUCGGUUAUCAACCCAAAACCAACUUCAAGUCAGUUGAGGAUGCCCUCGAUGAUCGCGUCAAGAAGAAGGCUGAUCGCUAUUGUAAAUAGUAAGUCUAUACUUGGUUCUAUCAAAUGUGUGCUUUCAGAUAUUCAUUCUUACGGAUGCCAUGAACCAUGCUGCCGUAAUUGUAAUGGAUCAAUAUUAUGCUUCACCUGUCUCAGUAACACUCAUUCGUCCUCUUAACUUUUUCUCUGCUAUUGUAUUGCUUCCAACUAGUGUCCGAUACUGAUACAUAGUUUUUAUAUUCCGUCAAACAUAUUGUGCUUUUCUCUUUUACCCCCAUAACUUCAAUUAAUCCCCUUUGUAAUUUUUAUCAUCUACUCACAAGGGAAAUUUGUUAUUUCA